GUUUCAACCUUAUGUAACUAGAGUAGACCUCUUUUUGUUCCAUUACUACCCGAACAUACUUGUUUUGAGAGAUGAGGCCUUUGGCAUACGUUGCCGGUUUUCUAUCACUCACGGGGCUAGUCAAUGCUCAAUACUUUUCAGCUGGAUGGACCCCAGGACAACCCGUCCCAAGCCAAACUCCCUCACCAGCACACGUCCCACAUUCCCCAUCCACCCCUGCGACGCAACAUGGGUCAGGGAAGAUGUCGUUUCUAGACAGUCUUGUAACUGUAGGACCGUUGGGCGCUGUAUCCUCUCUCAUUGGUCUCAACCUUACCGGAGCUCCAUCUGUAACUUGGGAUGAGCGGAUACCUCUCAUCACGGAUGAGAACUAUGCAGAAAUGAUUGUAAACGAGACGCUGACUGCAGAGGAGGAGAAAGAACGAGUCUGGUUUCUCAUAAUAACCGUCACCGCUGGACAGCCAGAAGGUGUCUCGAAGUUCGUAGACCAUGUUUUUGAUGCCACGUAUAAUUAUACCCUGGAGAAAGGAGAGCUUUCCCAUGUGCGCUUUGGUCGAAUCGACUAUCUCAAUGUCACGAGUAUCACUACCAAAUGGGCUGUCUGGUCUGCACCUUACCUUGUUGUAUUGAAAGACCGGGGGCAAACUUUGCGGUUUUACAAAGCCGGUCAGAUAAGGUUGACCGACGAAAUCCUCCACCAAUUUCUCAAGGAGAAGGCGUGGAGCAUGAAAGAGCCAUGGAAAUCCAUCUAUGGCCCCGGUGGUGAACGCGAAUACAUUUUAGACUACCUGGCACAAUUUCUGUCCAUGGUCUACGGCACUCUUGUUCGUGUGCCGAAAUGGCUCAUGUACAUGAUGAGCGGAGGUCUUGCGACUUUUUUCAUCAAUUUUUUGCAUAAGCCUUCGCGUCCUCAGAGCGCUGCUAAGCCUGCAGUCAAGCCGUGUCUGCACCCGCAGCCCCAGAAGACGCAGUCACGUCGAGUGCAAUCAAUACGCCGCAGAAGGGGUCUGCUAAAAGGAAGGGAAAGAAAUAGUUGGAUGUCUCGGAGGAAUAUAUAUAUAUUCAUGCAUUAUUGGAGAGCUUAUGUAUUGU